GGGGCCGCCAUGCAGCGCCGCCCCCGCCUCGGCGGCCCGCAGCGGCCGGCCCGGCCCGAGCCCGCCCGGCCCGGAGGAGGCAGCCCCGGGGGGAGCCCCGAGCUGGGCUGAGGGGAGCCCGGAGCCCGGCCUGCGCUGCGGCGGAGCCCCGGCAUGUGCAGGCUGCCAGCGGACAGACGGAUGGCGGCCGCCCCCCCCAGACCCACGGCCCUCCAAGGACUGCCGGCCACCCCGCGCCGCCGCUGGCAGCAGCUGUGACGAGGACGGGGCCUCCGCCGGCCGCCGCCAGCCUCUGUCCAGCUCGGAUCCUCCCUCGCUGCCGGCGCGCUCGGCUUCCAAGCCGCCGUCAUGAACGGGCUGUCGAUCAGCCAGCUCUGCUGCCUCUUCUGCUGCCCCCCGUGCCCCAGCCGCAUCGCCGCCAAGCUGGCCUUCCUGCCCCCGGAGCCCACCUACGCCGUGGUCCCCGAACCAGAGCCCGUCGGCAGCACCAGCACCGGCUCCCUGCGAGGUGGCGCCGCGGGGCGGUGGAAGCUGCACUUGAAGGACCGGGCGGAUUUCCAGUACUCCCAGCGGGAGCUGGACAACAUCGAGGUGUUUGUCACCAAGAGCAGCCGAGGGAACCGCAUCGGCUGCAUGUACGUCCGCUGCGUGCCGGGCGCCAGGUACACGGUGCUCUUCUCGCACGGCAACGCCGUGGACCUGGGGCAGAUGAGCAGCUUCUACAUCGGGCUGGGCACCCGCAUCAACUGCAACAUCUUCUCCUACGACUACUCGGGCUACGGCGCCAGCACGGGCAAGCCCUCGGAGAGGAACCUCUACUCCGACAUCGACGCCGCGUGGCAGGCGCUGCGGACGCGGUACGGGAUCAGCCCGGAGAACAUCAUUUUGUAUGGACAAAGCAUCGGCACGGUGCCCACGGUUGAUCUGGCUUCCCGCUACGAGUGCGCUGCCAUCGUGCUCCACUCCCCGCUCACCUCUGGCAUGAGAGUUGCCUUCCCCGAGACCAAGAAGACCUACUGGUUCGAUGCCUUCCCCAACAUUGAGAAGAUCUCCAAAAUCACCUCUCCGGUCCUCAUCAUCCACGGCACGGAGGACGAAGUCAUCGACUUCUCCCAUGGCCUGGCACUCUUUGAACGCUGCCCCAAGGCUGUGGAGCCGCUGUGGGUGGAUGGGGCCGGGCACAAUGACAUUGAACUGUACAGCCAGUACCUCGAGCGCCUUCGGAAAUUCAUCUCCCAGGAGCUGGCCAGCCAACGCAACUAGCCGCGGGGCGGGGAGCGGGGCGGGAUGGGGGUUUCUGCGUGCACGUCCGUUCUCCCAGCGCCCCCCGGUCCCUUCUGCUGGAGGUACAGUGAGUUUGUACAGCCUCAGCCUCGGGAGACGGCUUGAGCAGACGGCGCGCUUCCUGCGGGACGCGGGCGCAGCUCUCCUCCCUCCCUGUGUCAGCCCUGGCGCUGCCGGCACCACCGGCCGGGCUGGCAAGAGACGGCAGCUCGCUCCUUCCCCCCUUCCCGGACAGACGAGAGCCCACCCUCCUGAUGGCGAAUCCUCGGCUUCGGACACGUCCUUGUCCCCUCUCCUAAAACAACAAACUCUCCGAUUACUCCUGGCUGCUCCGCUGCUCUGACUAUAGCAAUAAGGCGAGUUGGAGAGGGGCUGGGCCGGGGGCAGCAGCAGGGCGGGAGCCUGUCCUCCCCCCCAGCGUCGCUGCGUGAUGUGUGCCCCGCUGCAGGACGGAGGAGGUGGCAGCUCCUGUUCCCAAGGGGGCUCCUGGGACUGGCGCUGGUGAUGGCAGCAGGGUGCCUGGUGCUCGGCUCUGGCUGGACAGAGCUGCUUCCCCAGGGGAGGCUGGGGAUGCAUGGAGGGGUGCCCUCUGCCUCACGCCCCCUCAGCUCUGGCCCCGCUCUGCCUUCUCGGAGCGCUCCCUGCGUUCAGGUCUCCCCCUCUGACACUUCUCCCCUGCCCCUUGCUCUCGGUUCCCUCGGGGAGCGGGGUGAGGAAACCGGGCACCAAAUAAAGAGCUGAGGUUUAACAUUU